UACAAGCAGAACUCUAUUUUAUGGCGUUUCAUUGAAUUAUUUUCCUGUCAAAAAUGAAACAUGGUCCCGUGAUAAAACCGAUGAACGGGUAAUUGAGUUGCAUGCUGGGUUUUGAGGAUUGCCCAGAGAAACUAGGCAGUGUUUACACAUAAUCAGCCGAUAAUACCACUGCCAGCAUGGAAAUUGUACUUUCCCGCCCACCGUGACUGAAAACAAGCGAUUCCAAAACAAGCCGAUGAAUUACUUAUGCAGGCUUUUGUUGGGCUGGAAACCGGCAUGAAAGAGCAGUGGAAAGACGUCAGAACGCGUGGGUGGGAGUGUUUUCUGAAGGACACACACACACUCACACACACACACACACACACAGAGAGAGCAGCAUGUCGCGGUCACAGGAGAGCAGAGGCUUCAGUCAGCUCAUGCCUGGAGAUGAAACAGGUGGACUCUACAUCUUGAUGCUGGUGUCCUUCUUCCCUCUCUACUACUGGUGCUUCACAGACGAAAGUACUGAGGAUGAGUUUGAAAUCUCUUUUGUUUGCCAUCGGCCUGAUGAUCUGGACAUACUACAGGAAGAGACUGAAUUCAGCAAGAAAGAGCUGCAGUUCCUCUACAGGGCCUUCAAAAAUGAGUGUCCCAGUGGAGUGGUGACUGAGGACGUGUUCAAACUCAUUUACUCUCAGUUCUUCCCACAGGGAGAUUCAAGAAUUUAUGCACAUUACCUCUUUGAGGCAUUUGACACUAACAGGAAUGGCUGUUUGAGUUUUAAGGAGUUUGUUGCUGGUCUGUCACUCAUCCUUAGAGGCUCAAUAUAUGACCGGCUAAAUUGGGCAUUUAAUUUCUAUGAUCUUGAUAAAGAUGGAUUCAUCACAAGAGAGGAGAUGAUGAAGAUCAUGAAGUCGAUUUAUAAGUUGAUGGGGAAGUAUGUGUAUCCCUCCAUACAUGAUGAUACUCCCAGAGAGCAUGUGGAAAACUUCUUUCAGAAAAUGGACAGAAACCGUGAUGGAAUGAUCACCAUUGAGGAGUUCAUGGAGUCAUGUCAAAAGGAUGCAAAUCUCAUGCGGUCAAUGCGGCUGUUUGACAGUGUCUUUUAGGAGUUUCUGCCCAUCUGUGGACGUCUCUCUCCAACAAGAAUCUUACUGUGAUCACACUGUACUUAUAUAUUAUGCUUUUUUAUAAUGUUUAUAUAUAUUCAAUUUGAAAAAGAGGAGAUGUGUGUUUAAAAGGAGCUGUCUUCAGAGUGGAACGGAGCUGGAAACGAGCACGGACCACGAGAAGCAUGGUAUUUAGCUUACCUGACAACAACCACACAAAACACCUCUGUGUAAAUACAUUUAUACUUGCUUUCUGCAAUAAAACCCUCUAAAUAUGA